AUGGUCAAAUCGUACCUAAAAUACGAGCAUUCGAAAACCUUCGGACUCGUCAAUUCCGGUACGGCAAAUGUUGUUUGGUCUGCAGGAGAUUUGAGCCCAUCGCGGGGUGGCAGCGGCAAUGGCUCCGGGCACGCGAUCGUCGGUGCAAACGAAGACGUUCUCUGCUGGGACAUACGAAAGGGGGAAUUACUGAGUCGUUGGUCAGAUAAGGACUGCAAAUCGCAAGUCACAGCCAUUGCGCAAAGCCAGGUCGAUCGGGACGUAUAUGCAGUCGGAUACGAAGAUGGGAGUAUACGACUCUGGGACUCGAAGAUUGCUACGGUCAUCGUUAGCUUUAAUGGUCAUCGAUCUGCUAUAACGGCUCUUGCAUUCGACAAGUCUGGAGUUAGAUUGGCUAGCGGUUCCAAGGACACGGACGUCAUUAUAUGGGACUUGGUGGCCGAAUUGGGCCUGUUCAAGUUAAGAGGACACAAGGAUCAAAUAACCGGUUUGAAAUUUGUUCAGCCAGAGCCAGAGGAAGAACAUGAAGAGGAUGGAAACGGCGCUGUCAGAUCCCAUAACGAAUCGACCGACGACGGUUUUCUGUUAACCACCGGGAAAGACGCGCUUAUCAAGCUAUGGGAUAUCUCCUCCCAGCACUGUAUAGAGACACAUGUGGCUCAGACGAAUGGUGAAUGUUGGGCUCUUGCUAUUACUCAUGACUAUAGCGGGUGUAUAACAGCUGGGAAGGACGGGGAACUGAAGAUCUGGUCAAUUGAUACCGCUGGGCUUUGCCGCCUAUCGAAGCAAGUCGAUAGCAUCGCCGAGCAUCAAUAUCUCCAUAGUCGCGGUGUAUUGCACCGACAAGGGAAAGACAAGUCUACCGGAGUCAGCUUCCAUUCACGAAAUGAUUAUUUUGCGAUCCACGGGUCAGAGAAGGCGGUCGAGAUCUGGAGGAUCAGAACCGAAGAUGAAGUGAGGAAAAGUCUGGCACGAAAACGUAAAAGAAGACGAGAAAAGCUCGCAACCGCGGGAGAAAAGGCCGAUGUGGAAGGUGAUGCCGUGGAGCUGGACGAGAAGUCUGAGGAUAUGUCAGCCGCCGAAAUUACCGAUUUCUUUGUCCCAUAUGUUAUAGUCAGAACUGGGGGUAAAGUUCGCUCAUUUGACUGGAUUCGCACGAAGAGUUCAAAAACUAUUCAACUCCUAAUUGCUACAACAAACAAUCAAUUAGAAGUCUACAGCGUACCAACAAAAGACAAGACGAAAAAGACCAAGAGCGAUGAUCUACCUGAUUAUUCAAGGACAUUAUCGGUGGAACUACCUGGCCACCGAGCUGAUAUCAGGGCGCUGUCACUUAGCUCAGAUGACCGGAUGCUUGCAUCUGCUUCUAACGGUGGGUUGAAAGUAUGGAACGUACGGACUAGAACCUGCAUUCGAACAUUUGAAUGCGGUUAUGCGUUAUGUACUGCGUUUCUGCCUGGCGAUAAGAUUGUAGUUGUGGGCACCAAGUCUGGAGAUCUGGAACUUUUCGACGUUGCGUCAGCUGCUAUGCUAGAUACGGUGAAGGCUCAUGAAGGUGCAAUAUGGACUCUGCAAGUACAUCCAGAUGGGCGAUCUUUAGCCUCCGGGAGCGCCGAUAAAACAUCCAAGUUCUGGAAUUUUGAGAUUUUCCAGGAAGAAAUUCCCGGAACGAAACGAACAACGCCUCGAUUAAGACUUGUUCACGCAAGGACACUCAAGGUCUCGGAUGAUAUCCUCAGCCUUCGGUUCUCUCCAGAUGCGCGACUUCUAGCAGUUGCUCUGCUAGAUAAUACAGUCAAGGUCUUCUUUGUUGACUCAUUGAAGUUGUUCCUCAACUUGUAUGGCCACAAGCUGCCCGUGCUAAAUAUGGACAUCUCAUAUGACAGCAAGUUGAUUGUGACAUGUUCGGCCGAUAAAAACAUCCGACUUUGGGGUCUAGAUUUUGGCGAUUGCCACAAGGCUUUCUUUGCCCAUCAGGACAGUAUCCUUCAGGUUGCCUUCGUCCCACAUAAUCAAGAUGGGAAUGGGCACCAUUUCUUCAGCACCAGCAAAGAUAGAAUGAUCAAGUACUGGGACGGCGAUAAAUUCGAGCAAAUCCAAAGACUGGAUGGCCAUCAUAGCGAAAUAUGGGCUCUCGCGGUUAGCAAAACAGGCAACUUCAUUGUCAGUGCCAGCCACGAUAAGAGCAUCAGGGUAUGGGAGCAAACCGACGAGCAGAUAUUUUUAGAAGAAGAGCGGGAGAAAGAGCUGGAGGAGUUAUAUGAAAGUACGCUAACUACAUCGCUGGAGCCGGACCACGACAAGGACGAGGAGACGACCGAGGUUGGAGCCGCGAGCAAGCAAACUGUCGAAACACUCAUGGCUGGAGAGAAGAUCGCUGAAGCUUUGGAAAUUGGCAUAGUUGACUUGCAGCUCAUGGAAGAAUGGGAAGCGGCCAAGUUGGCACAACCAAACACUGCUCCACCCUCGCGAAAUCUCAUUUUCAUGGCGCUAGGUGGUAUCAGCGCUGAUGUCUAUGUCAUGGGAGUUUUGCGGAAAGUCAAGGCUGCAGCGCUUCAGGAUGCGUUGCUGGUCCUUCCAUUCUCAACGGUUCCCAUGCUCUUUACAUUCCUCAACAUCUUCGCCAUGAGGAUGAUGAACAUACCGCUAACGUGUCGAAUCCUGUUCUUCAUGCUCAAGACCCACCACCGGCAGAUUGUUGCCAGCAAGACGAUGAGACUAAUGCUUGAUGGGAUCCGCAGCAACCUGCGGCAAGCAUUGAAGAGCCAGAAGGAUGAGAUGGGCUAUAAUCUUGCGGCUCUGCGGGUCAUUGGUACUCAGGUAGUAGAAAAGGGGACCAGCGAUUAUGUGGAUGAGGAGACUUGGGAGGAGAAUGAUGAUAAGAGUGGGAAAAAGCGCGGAUUUGUUCAGGUAUCGUAA